AUGGAGGCAAUUUCCAAGCAGUUUCAAUCACAUCCGCCGCAUGGACAAGGCACGAACGUUGGCUUACUGCUGUUCUCUCAGGCAACAAAGAUGAUUGACCCAGGUCUGAAUAACGGACUCCCUACAAAUCUUGUCGCCCACAGUCCCAGCCUCUCCUUCACCAUGAAAAGGGUCCAUAUCAACAUUGUCCCAUACGUGGCGGAAUUAGCCUAUCUCGCGAACCUAGUGAGAUCAUACGUCCAACCAGCUGAAAUGCAUAAUCAAUCCAUCAACUCUAUGGCAUUCAUCUCCAGUCGCUACACCAUGCAGGCCAUGGAGAUCGUAUUUCUCAUAUGCCGUGGAUCUACGCGUCUGGCACCUGACAUUUCUGAGAACCUCCGACCUCAAAUACAGACGAGCACAUCGGAAAUAUUCUCUCCAUAUCUCUCCGACCCGGAACUUUCAAAACGACCUGGCCUGCAACAACCUGACUUGACAUCUCAGAAUGAAUCAACGCCGUCAUCAAAGACGCACUACCCAGUCUGGAACACAAUCUCAAAUCGCUCCAGGGGCCCAAUCUUUCCAGCCAUCGAGAGAUAUGAAUAUCUUAACAUCAUGUAUCUCAGUAGUACCGCAUACAAAGAUAUUCCAGAGCCCUUUACUAAGCUUCAACACACCGGAGAGCUCCUCGGCACCGGCUCAAAAAUCCUGUACCAGGCAGUCCAACAUGAACUAGGAGCACUCCACGUAGGCUUCGUGGAACAUCCCAACAGCAGACGACGAAUAUUUAAAUUGAUGUCCAAAGAAGACAAUAGGGCCAUUGGUUGCAAUCAUCUACGAAGCGAUUCGCGACGUUCGACUAUUGAGUCCCUAGCAGCGUUUGCCACUGACACUUCAUCAGCUGAAUAUCCUGCAGUCAGAAAGGCCGUAGAUGUAAAUGGUUUUAUGAAUGGGCUAGAUUAUAUGUGGAAGUAUCUGAUUUGCUUGGUGGGAUUCUGA